GUCAAGUGGCCAAUAGCUCCUCUCACCUUCUUGACUCGUAAAGGAAGACUUGGAUGCUCGCAGUAUCAUUAUAAAUCUGAGACUCUUACAUGCUUGGCUCAAAUCAGUCUCCCAUGCCUUGUUCUUCAUCUCGCUCCUCAUUCGGAUGUGUUGAAGGUGGAGCUCCACGAUGACAAGGAUGAGGGAAGAAGGUAACGAGAGUAGUUUUCAGCCAUCAAGGUAAAAGCUUUGUUCGCCUCGCCAUUCUUUUCUUGACCUUCGAACCACGUAAGUUAUGUUUUCGUGCAUGAACUUUAACGUGAUUUUAUAUCAUAGCUGGGAUCGAUUUGAUAUCCAUGGAAAUGAGCCAGUUGAGAUAUAGUGUUUCGUAAAUUAGAAUUAAGAGAUCGAAGAGGUUGGGAGAUGAGAUUGUGAGUGGAGUGAGGAGUAUAAUUUCCUUUGUUUUUAUGAAUUAUUGAGGUAAUUGAUUGUUUAUUUUCUUUCAUCAAUGAUUUAUUUUUCCUUUUUUGUGGGAAUUGAGAAGAAAAAAUCCCAGCAAGUCUCAUUGAUGGCAGAGAAUUGAGGAUUUCUGAGAAGGAACUAAUUAUCGAGUGGGUGUCGUGAGACCACAUCGCACCUCCUUCAGGCAUAUUUGGUCAAACCAUAUCUUCGCAUGACUUUGACCAGUUCAACUUAAAUAGUCAAAUUGCAAUUUCUUGGUCUUAUUUUAGUUGGUCAACCAGCUGCCUUCACACUUAGACAUGGAAUCAACUAUCAAUCAUAGCUUUUUUUAGCAGUCCAAUUGGCCACUUGAUUACAUCACGAAAAUAGUCUAAAAUAGUAUAGAAAUUAAAUUGUCAUAAAAGUAGUUUGAUGUCGGAAAUGAUGUCCAAGAUGAUUGUUUAUCACUUAUAAAGUCAAAUUUGUAGUUGAGUCAAGCCUUUAUUAUUGUCUUCCUCCAACCAAUCAUCACCUAAAAGUGAAGUAUAAUACAUUUUGUCACCAAUCCCAUUUGAGGAAGAGAAGAAAAAACGUUCAACCGAAGACUCCUCAAUGUAUCUGUGCAUUUGAGGAAGCUGAAAACAUGAGAAUCAAGCACUGGGGUUGUCCUCGGCACUCUGCACGUAAUAGUACGUGGUCAUGGCAUCAGCUUCUUUUUUCUUCUCCCGUUCUCCUUCUCCGGAUCUGUUGCCGGCCCGACCAUCUCGGCGCACCAGUGUUUCCUCACAGCUUGCCCACCACACUCAUGGGGUCAACGAUCCCAAUUACAGUCAGCUUCUCGUUCUUCGUGUCCAUGGAUACAAAAUCACGAAGAGGAAGAUUACGAGACACAAAGAGAAAGAGGUCUGAUUGAUCACCUUGAAGGCUGGAAACUGCUCUCAUUGCCACCUUCUUGUCCUUGUUAUCGUGGACGUCCACUUUCACCACAACCUUCUGCAAUCACACCGAGGAAAACAACUGUUAGAGAUCCAAGGAAAAGAACACGAGGAACUGGUAAUUGUUCCUGUAGCAGCAAACUUUCUAUUUUAAUGUAUUAGAAUUGGAACUUACCUUCAUGUCAGCUGACAUCUUCUUCAAGAACGAGAGGCGUGGAUGAAGGAAAGCUACCACAGUAAUGAUACGAGUCGAAGGUAAAUCUAGAGUGCCGCUUGAUCGACAGUUCAGGGUAGGACAGCAUUCGGGUCUGUUUGGCGACGUGGCGAACUCGGACUGGUGAUAGCGACGUGACGUCACCCGAUCAGUCGACGUUGGUGUCAGCCAAUCCGAUUUCCAGAAUAUGGUCGGUAUGCAUGCGAAAGCAUGGAUGGUUCUAGAACGCUGUAUUGGUUCGACCCACUGCCGGUGAGAGAGAACCGAACCGAACUUAGAUUCCAAUUCGGCCGAGUCCGAGUCAGAUUUGAUUUGGAUUGCAACGAAAGUGUCACAUCGGAGUUGACGACGUCCAUCCGAAACCGCGUGGCAACUGACCUUUCAAACUCGGAUUCCAGAAAACGACGAAGGAUUCGUAGCAGCUUCCGCACGGCUUCCUCGCAACUUCCUAAGACCCUCUAUUAUAUUUAUGAUAAAUUUCCGUCUCUAGCAACACCUCAUCCCACGCCUCGUUCCUCGUCUCAACACUCGGCGGAGAGGGCUAAAAGAUGGCCGCGGACAUGAAGAGAAUUGUGGUGAGAGUGGGACUCCAGUGUGACGAGGAUAAGAUCAAGGCAAUGAAAGCAGUUUGCAGUAUUGAAAAGGUUGCUUCAGUAUCAGCGGACAUGGAGCAGAAGAAGCUCACUGUAAUUGGGUUCUUUGACCCCGUUAUUGUGGUGUCCAAGUUGAGGAAAUGCUGGCACACCAAAAUACUCGUCAUCGGCCUGGCAAAUGAACCGGGAAGAGGAAGGACGAAGCAAAGAAGGGAGAGGCGGAGAAGAAAAGAGCUGUUAAUGAACAGAUCGCCGAGCUUACGGCGCCAUAACAAGAAUACUAGAGGGCUCAUCCUCCUCAUAAGCCAAUUGAAGCUUACAGACAAUUCUUUGGAUACGGUGUAGAAAUCAAAAAUAUAUCCCUCUUGCCUUCGGCUGACUCCCAAGCGCUAACAUGUCUAAAAGGAGUACUCGUCGUUGGAAUAAAUACUUUGCUCAGCUUGUAUGUUAAAUGAGCCGAUUGGGAGUCGAUUAAAUAAGUUUUGUACUACCAUAUUGCGUAAGGGGGCAAGAAAAGAUUCAAAGAACAGCAAAAUAAAUCUGUUUUGUAGCAUACGUAAAAUAGUUGUCUGUAUCACCUGUUCAUUCAAAUCCAAAGCUCCCGAGUGAUACAUCCA